UUCAUUUCCCAACUCUGGGACCAGUUCAGUUCUCAGUUACAACAGAGUGUUUUUGCGUGCUGCAACCUCUUUACUUCAAGACACGACACCCAAUGGACACUCACUAAUUUUCAGAACCUUCAAACUGCAACUACGCACUCCGGCGUCGUUUUAACGCAACUACCAUUAACGAUGCCUCCUCAAGAUAACGAACUACCUCUGCUACUUAAUUCCCGAGAAGAAGAAACCGCUUACGAUUCAUCUCAGAAGGUCGUGGUGGUUGGGAUCGACGAGCGCGACGACGGUGACCUUUCGCCUCCGUUUUCAUGGAAGAGGCUCUGGCUCUACAGUGGUCCUGGUUUUCUGAUGAGCAUCGCUUUUCUCGAUCCUGGGAAUCUCGAGGGGGAUCUUCAGUCUGGUGCCAUUGCUGGCUACUCGCUGCUUUGGCUCCUCAUGUGGGCCACCGCUAUGGGACUCAUUAUUCAGCUCUUGUCGGCGAGGCUUGGUGUCGCCACCGGGAGGCACUUGGCGGAGCUUUGCAGGGAUGAGUAUCCGUUUUGGGCUAGGAUUGUGCUGUGGUUGAUGACUGAGGUGGCUUUGAUUGGUUCUGAUAUUCAAGAGGUUAUUGGAAGUGCUAUUGCUAUCAGGAUUCUGAGUAAUGGUCUUGUUCCUCUCUGGGCUGGGGUUGUCAUUACAGCUUUAGAUUGUUUUGUUUUCCUCUUUCUUGAGAACUAUGGUGUGAGGAAAUUGGAAGCAUUUUUCGCGGUUCUGAUUGGUUUAAUGGCUCUCUCAUUUGCGUGGAUGUUUGGUAAAGCAAAGCCUGAUGGUGUUGAUGUUCUUCUUGGUGUAUUGGUCCCUAAACUGAGCUCCAGAACUAUACAGCAAGCUGUUGGAGUUGUGGGCUGUAUUAUUAUGCCUCACAAUGUAUACUUGCAUUCUGCUCUUGUUCAAUCAAGGCAGAUUGACCACACCAAGAAAGGCCGUGUCCAAGAAGCUCUUAAUUACUACUCUAUCGAGUCCACUAUUGCUCUUGUAGUCUCCUUUGUCAUUAAUAUAUUUGUCACAACCGUGUUUGCUAAGGGCUUUUAUGGAACUGAAAUAGCAAACCGCAUUGGUCUUGUAAAUGCAGGGCAGUAUCUUCAGGAGAAGUAUGGGGGUGGAGUAUUCCCAAUCCUAUAUAUAUGGGGUAUUGGGUUAUUAGCAGCCGGUCAAAGUAGCACUAUUACUGGUACAUAUGCAGGACAAUUCAUUAUGGGGGGUUUUCUGAAUUUAAGGUUGAAAAAAUGGAUGAGGGCAUUAAUUACACGGAGUUUUGCAAUCAUUCCAACCAUGAUUGUCGCUCUUAUAUUUGAUACCUCAGAGGAAUCAUUAGAUGUUCUAAAUGAAUGGCUUAAUGUUCUUCAGUCAGUGCAGAUCCCCUUUGCACUCAUUCCCUUGCUUUGUUUGGUGUCAAAGGAACAGAUAAUGGGCAGUUUCAAAAUUGGUCCUGUCCUCAAGAUUGUUUCCUGGCUUGUGGCUGCUCUGGUGAUAGUGAUUAAUGGCUAUCUUUUGCUGGAAUUCUUCUCCUCUGAAGUGAAUGGAGCAGUAUUCGCUACUAUAGUAUGCGUAUUAACAGCUGCAUAUGUUGCGUUUGUACUUUACCUUAUUAUACGGGACAUCGCAUUUUCACCUUGGAACAGUUUAACACGAUCUAAGACAGUUGACACAGGGAAUUGAGCAGUCAAAUCUCAUUUCUUAAAACCACGGAGUAGGAAAUGCUAUGCCGUAGAAGGCUUUCAUGAGUGCUUUUGCCUUAUUAUUUCUAGGCUUACUCAUGCUUGUUAUUUAUAUAGGGCUUAAUUGCAACUUUGGUCCCCGACGUUUACCAAUGCCACGAUUUUGGUCCCCCACCUAAUUUAAUUACAUGGAUGGUCCCCGACGUUGUAGGCCGUGUGCAACGUUAGUCCUACUGUUUAUUUCUUAAUGGAGGAGGCUUACGUGGACGUCCAGUUGGAGAGAGAAAUGAGGUAUGAGGAGAGAGGGAAGCACGUGAGUAUCACGUGACCCUUAUAUGAACCCAUUAUACCCAAACCCCUACCUCCCUGGAACGAAGAAGGUAACGCGAUUUAGAUCCCUAGGGUUUCAGAUUUAGGUAUAAUGGGUUCAAAUAAGGUUCACGUGAUACUCACGUGCUCCCCUCUCUCCUCAGAUCUCCUUUUUCUCUCCAACUAGACGUCCACGUAAGCCUCCUCCAUUAAGAAAUAAACGGUAGGACUAACGUUGCACGCAACCUACAAUGUCGGGGACCAUCCAUGUAAUUAAAUUAGGUGAGGGACCAAAAUCGUGGCAUUGGCAAACGUCGGGGACCAAAGUUGUAAUUAAGCCUUUAUAUAGCAACUUACUAUGAUGAAUGGGCAGUGGUAACCUAUUGGUUUUCUGUACUUCAAAUGAAUUCUGUAUUAAUAUAAAAAAUUAAGUCAUAAUGGAUAUGUAAACAGGCCUUGCAAUCCUGACAUAAUGUAGUUGAGGUACCUUGUAAAACUAUGAUUUAUAAAUUCAAA